AUGUCCAUUUCAUCGAAGCUAACGCCCACGUGUAACACGUGGAUGAUCAGGUCAUAAAAGCUCUGAGUGCUGGGCGGCUACGAGAUGGCGGCAUUGCAGCUACGU